AGAACCACUCUCCGAAAAAUUGGAAGUAAAAUCUUUCAACGCGCAGGGCGGCUGCGCAUAUUUCCUGGCCGCGCGAGAACCAUUCUUCCAUUGCUAGUCGAGUAGGAACGUACGGGUUAACAGUGCCGUAUUUUGCUUAAAUUGAGUUAGUUUUGUGAAUAAUUGUUAAUAUUGUGAAGUUGAACAUGAGUAAAAUUCGAACUGGUAUUAGUCGGUGUUCAGCAAAAAUGUGCACGAACAAUUCAAAAAAUUGAAACUACAGUGUUUUCCGAUUUCCCAAGGAAGCUGAUAGAGCACGAAAUUGGGCAAUGUUGUGCCAGAGAGAAGAUUUGUUAAAGAAAACAAACUUAAAUUUGAACAGAUUAUGCAGUGUGCAUUUUGAAAAUACUAUGUUUUCAAAUAAAACUCGGAACAGGUUAUGUAAAAACGCAGUACCACGUUUAUUUCCUUCAAUAGAAGACAGUCCAAACCAACAUUCAAAUGUUGAUCAAGGCUCAAGUUCGCUAUCCUGAAUAUUAUAGAGUACAGGACGCCAUCGGUGAAUGCAAAAGGGAAUUAGGUUCAACAGUAGAUGAACUCACAAACGUUAAACUUGGGAUCAUAACCCCUGGUACUGGCAGGCAAGUUCUUUGUGUUCAUCGUAGAUUGGGAUAUAUGGAUCUGAAUGGAGACAUUAUCCCUGGUCCGUAUGAGCUACACAUUGCAGCUGUUACUGAUGACAAGGGCCGCCAGGCAGAAUUUAGAAGAUGUGGCGCACCUCAAGGUCUCCUACCUGCCGAAGUUAAAGCUAUUAAUUUUGAUAGAUGUUUCCAAGCCAUUUUACAAAUAAUGGGUCGUGAUGGUUGAUCUAAAAAGCGAUGUAUAAUAUAUUGAUGUGAUAUAAUAAAAUAUAUUCAUUUCGUUUAAA